AUGUCUCCUCAUAGGUCAGAUUCGAUGGAGGCUCAGGACAACAUUAGGAAGCGAGUGUGCAAAGCCUGUGAUCGAUGCCGCUUGAAGAAGUCAAAAUGUGACGGAUCAAGCCCCUGCACUCGAUGCAAAGCCGACAACGCUAUCUGUGUAUUCGGUGAGAGGAAGAAGUCGCAAGACAAAGUCUACCCGAAAGGAUACGUUGAGAUGUUGGAACAACAACAAACGCAAUUAGUAGCUGGACUUCGUGAGCUCUACAACCGCUUACAAAGGGGUGAGAGCUGGCCAGGACAGCCACUGCAGGAAUCCACAGGCGGCCACCCAUUGACGCACGACAUUCUGGAACGCCUCGAUCUUCUGCACUCAUCCGGAGACGACAAGAGUCAUUACGAGGGCUUUGAAGAAGACACUGCUCGCAUGCAACAAAGACUGAUCGAAGGAGGUGCUCCCUACACCCGAAGACGGGCAUCCGUUAGCUCAGACUCUGAACAUGGCCAUGUUUCACCAAACUCAUCGUAUAACGGUACUCCGACCACCAAAUCAUUCGCUUUCGACAGCCCAUUUGCACGUCACAACGCGCCGCCAACACCGCCAAUGAACAGCCCAUUUCCCCGACAAUCUCAAGUAGUAUCGCCAGUCAAGCAAGAAGCACCCAUGGUACAAGCACCUUUCAUGAGCAGCACUGCGAUGGAUCCUUCGACGUUGUCGCGAGCGCCAUGGAUGAACGACACCAUGAUGAUGGAAGACCCUGUAGACUUCAGCAAGCCCAUGUAUGGAUUCGACAACUUUGGCGCAUACGAUCAGAACAUGAUGGUGGAUCCGAUCUCGAUAAAUCAAAGCGACCCAAUGAUGCCAGACUGGAACAUCCAUAGCGACCUGGAUUUCAGCAGUUUCAUACAAAAUCCCGUUGGCGCAUGA